AAUUGAUACAAUCAGCCAAGUUUAAGAAUUUAGUGCAAGACACCAGAAAUUGUAAAGAUUGUCAAAAUAAAAAACAGCAAUUAGUUAAGUCUGCUAAACCAACUAACUGGAUUAGUUUUAAGGUUAGUAAAGGGUUUUGGACUGUUGCUAAAUCUAUAGAUCAUCCUAAAUCGAAAACUUUAAAGCGAAUUAUUAAAAGAAAGCAACAACGACCAAGAAAUCGUUAA